GAGUCGUCGGGGUGGGGGCUCCCGGCCGCGCGUUAACCCUUAGCGCCCCGCAGCGCCGGCGUGGAGGAGGCGGCCCGGGCGCCACCAUGCCCGCCGCGGCCCGGCGCAAGCGGCCUCUGCCAGCCGGGUGGCACCGGACGACGCGCGCCGGGCCGGGGCGGCUGGGCGCGCGGGCUUGAGGUCAGCUGCUCCGGUCGCGCCGGCUCUUCCUCCCGCCCGGGCGAGGGCAGCUCCGGCCGCAGGUGGCUGCGGCGCGGGAGGCGCGCGGGAGGUACGGAGCGAAGUGCCCGGGGAGGGGCGCGACCCUCGGGCACUCGGAAGCCUCGGGCCCCCGGCCCGGAGCCAUGCGGGGGCCGGGGGUCACAGCCGACGGCCUGCCGGUGGCGCCAGCGCUGCUGCUGGCGCUGGCGACGCUGGUGGCGCCCUCGCGGGGCGGCGGGAGCUGCGCGGAGCUGGCGUGCGGCGAGCGGGAGCGCUGCUGUGCCGCCGCCAACGCCACGGCCGUGCGCUGCUGCAAGCUGCCGCUGCACGCUUUCCUGGACGGCGUAGGCUGGUUCGUGCGCAAGCUAUCGGGGCUGCUCAUCCUGCUCGUGCUCUUCGCCAUCGGCUACUUCCUGCAACGCAUCAUCUGCCCUAGCCCGCGCAGGCCCCCGCGCGGCCAGGCGCGCCCAGGACAGCCGGGGGGCGCGGGGGCCCCCGACGACGACGCUCCCGCGCUGCUGCGGGACGAGGCGGCUGCCGGCUCCCAGGACUCGCUGCUGGACCGCGGGGGCCCUGCCGGCGACCCGGAGAACGAGCUGCCCGGCGUCUCGCCGGUGUUCCUGCAGCUUCCCAGCUACGAGGAGGUCAAGUACCUACCCACCUACGAGGAGUCCAUGCGGCUGCAGCAGCUCAGCCCCGGGGAAGUCGUACUGCCCGUCUCGGUACUCGGUACCAGGGAGUCCGACGGCCAGGGCCGCUUCCCACUCAUCUGAGCUGCAGGGUGCGCAGGACCGCGGCUGACAGGCCGGGCUGGGGCUGCGGGGGACGCGGUGACCUUAGGCUGUGAUCGGUCUACUGGGCUGGGGUCGCUCCAACUCCGCUCUCUCCCGGGGUUUCGCCACGUUUCAUUCUGUUCUAGGAAACACGUAGCGCAGGAUGCGGGAUGGAAGCGCCAGUUUCGCAUCUCGGAAGGUCGCCGGCGCGCUCACCCGUUAGCUGGGGAGCGCGGGAGCUGGUUGCCCAGAGGCUCCCAGGACGGCCUGAGGACUGGGAGUCGCCAGAGACCCGGGGGCGCACACCUGGAUACCACCAAAGCCCUUUCUUGCCCAGAACCCCCAAACUCUGUCUUACUAGCCGAGCUAGUCCCAGCUGAGAGCUCAGAGCCUGGUGAGGGACGCGCCUGUUUCCAGUAGUUGCUGUACCUACUCAACACAAAGAUUACGGAUAUUCAAGACCAUAUUCGUAAUAAGGUACAAUUGUACUUUUGGCUUUUCAAUAACUGAGAUGUUAUAUUUAUUCGUCUUUUUUAUUCUUAUAUUUUUAUCAUGUACUGGAUGCAUUGUGGAAGUAUUUCUGUCAAUUAAUUAAUGACAAGGUAAAAUGGCCUUAUCACCUUCCUUUAGGCCAAUAAAUUGCCUGCAUAUUGUCAUUGUUACAAAAAUGAAGUGCCGGGCUUUAUUAUUUCAUUUCAAAUGAGGGAAAAGAGGUCAAACAAGAAAAUACAUGUGAAAUAAAAAUAUGAAGGAUAUCUUAUUUUCACUAUUUAAGAAGAAUACAUUUUAUUUUUAGUACUGUGGCAUAAUAUAUAACUUUUUUAUGAUAACUACAUUAUAGAAUCUGGGUCUCAAAAGUACCGCUUACCCACCUAGUGAGGCGUGAGAAUGACUGACGCAUGCAUAAGGUGAAGCGUGAUGUCAUGCGCUUUCCACUUCUCUUUGGAACACUUUCUUCAACAUGAUACAUGAUGAAAGAAUUUGUAGUGAUGUGCAACUUUUGUGUGAAACCAUAAUUGUUGUGUGGUGAUGGUGUCUUAGGAAAAGAUUCAGGCAGCCUACGUUAAAUGUCAUUGUACCUGUUUCACCAUUCUACGAAAUGCCCUUUAAGCAAAUGGUAAGAUAAAAAUGUCUUUAAAUGCUUUAUGUAUAAUGUACGUAUGGAUAUUGUCUAUGUACAAUACACACGCUAUAUGCUAUGUAAUUAGUAUAGUUUAUCAUCUUGAAAGAAAAGAUUUCUCUCUUGGGGAAGGAUGAACCUCACACAUGUAUCUAGAAAGAUAGUCUUUUGAUGGAAUGGGUUUAACAGAACUGAGAAAUCUUGGAGUAUCCGAAUUGCAUUAGGAGAAAAUGACUCGACUUAAACUUCAAAAGCUAAAAAAAUAUAUAUAUAUGGCAGUUCUAAGACAUUUUAAAAUGUCUUAAUUGUAAUAGAGAAUGGUUUAAUCUAAACUUACAGAAGCUAGUGACUUUGUCAUUAAUGGAAAGUUAUUUGAGAUGUGUUAAGACAGAAAGACAUUAAACUGUUUCUCUGUACAAAUUCUGUCAGAUAUAUGGCUAGAUGGUAAUGUGUCAAAAUAUGAAGUGUGUAUCUGCCAUGUAAAAGCAAUUUUAAUCUGCAUACUGAUAAAAUCACCAGAGUUGAAACUAAAUAAAAAUGAUAAAAGACUUAAUGAAAUCA